AUGCAGGAGCCGCGUCUGCAUGUUGCAAAAUUCCUCACUGAACAUGUCGUAAAAGCAGUUCGCAUUUUCAAGGAAACUUCCACAACGCGGGCUUUACCGGAACAUGUGGUUGUUUUACGAAGUGCACAUUCAAAUUACCGCAUUUACCCCGAACAAAUUUAUCAGGGUGCUGUUCCACAGCACAAUGUUCGACCGGGUACGGUUGUGGAAAAGGAUAUUGUCCAUCCUGCUCUGGCAGAGUUCAUCGUUGUUGCGCACAAAACGAUCAUGGGUACCGCACGUCCUGUACGUGUUACGGUUCUCGUUGAUGACAAGCCAAGUAUGUCGAUGGAUGAAUUGGUUGGAAUGACCAAUGCGCUUUGUUAUGCGCACGGCAUUGUCACAUCGCCGACUUCACUUCCCGCACAUCUCUGCGCAGCAGCCGAUCUUGCUAAACGAGAGCGUAACAACUUCAAAACUGAACAGUGGGUUUCAGGAUGUAACAGCCAUUUUAAGGAUUUAAAUUGCGGGAAAUUCAGGAUAAUAUUCUCGUUCAGAAGCCUGAUAGCUUAA